AUGUCGAAGGAUUCCACUGCUGCCCCGGCGGAGGUGAACGCCGCGCUGAACUUGCUGGUUCUCACGAUGCUCAACGAGCAAGUGAAGAAGGUUUGCUUUGGAAAAUGCUUCGGCAACAAAUUCGGCGACGUGAUGAACAAGAACGAACAGAUUUGCCUUGCCAAGUGCAUGGACCGUAUGUACGAAGCGCACACCAUCCUCUCGCAAGCUGCCGCCGAAGCUGCGAACAACAUCGCGAAGAAUGAGUAG